CACACAGAGGAAACAGCGUGUCUCCGGCACCGUUAUAUUCACCGUUACAGCGCCUGGUCCUCCUCAAGACGUUUACAACCAAAGACUUGAAACAUGUUUUUCCGUUGUCUGCCUGUCGUGUUUCUCCUGAGUGCUGUCACUAAUGGAAUGAUAACAACAGAUGUCCCCACACAAAAUGUCACCACCACUCCUGCAACUUCUAACUCAACUGGCAGUUUUACAACUUCACAACUACCAUCAGACGGCAGCACUGUUCCUGAGAACAGUAGCUUCACCACCAGCAGCCUGACUGAAUCUCCAUCAGCUCCAAACAGCAGUUCAGCGGUGUCCACUGCAAGCACAGAGACAAGCCAACCCGACAUCACUAGUGAGACAACAAGUACAAACACACCCGCUCCAGAUAACAAUCUAACUACAAGUAUAUCGAUCACACACAGCAGUGAUGACACAACUUUGAUUACACCGACCACCAACACCAGCGACACCACAAAUUCGAUCACACCGAUCACCAAUACUAGCAACACCCCAACUUCGAUCACACAGACCACUAACACCAGUGAUGCUACAACUUCAAUUACAUCGACCACCAACACCAGCGAAGCCACAAGUACCAGUACACCAACCCCAAACACCAGCAACAUCACAACCACAAUUACCUCAACCACAAACGCCAGCGACACCACAACUUCGAUCGCACCGACCACUAACACCAGUGAUGCCACAACUUCGAUCGCACCGACCACUAACACCAGUGAUGCCACAACUUCAAUCACACCGACCACUAACGCCAGCGACACCACAGCUGCGAUCACGCCGACCACUAACACCAGUGACGCCACAACUUCGAUUGCAUUGACCACUAACACCAGUGACACCACAACUUCGAUCGCACAGACCACUAACACCAGUGACACCACAGCUUCGAUCACACCGACCACUAACACCAGUGACACCACAGCUUCGAUCACACCGACCGCUAACACCAGUGACGCCACAACUUCGAUCGCACCGACCAGUAACACCAGCGACACCACAACUUUGAUUACACCAACCACUAACACCAGUGACACCACAGCUGCGAUCACACCGACCACUAACACCAGUGACGCCACAACUUCGAUCACACCAACCACUAACACCAGCGACACCACAACUUUGAUUACACCAACCACUAACACCACAACAGCUUCGAUCACACCGACCACUAACACCAGUGACACCACAGCUUCGAUCACACCGACCGCUAACACCAGUGACGCCACAACUUCGAUCACACCGACCACCAACACCAGUGACGCCACAACUUCAAUUGCACCGACCAGUAACACCAGCGACACCACAACUUUGAUAACACCAACCACUAACACCAGUGACACCACAGCUGCGAUCACACCGACCACUAACACCAGUGACGCCACAACUUCGAUCACACCAACCACUAACACCAGCGACACCACAACUUUGAUUACACCAACCACUAACACCAGUGACACAACAGCUUCGAUCACACCGACCACCAACACCAGUGAUGCCAUAACUUCUAUCACACCAAUCACUAACACCAGCGAGGUCACAACUUCGAUUGCACCGACUACUAACACAAGCGAUGCUACAAGUUUGAGUACACCAACCAGUAACACCAGUGAGGACACAAGCGCCAUUACAGCCACGACACAGCUGAGCAACAUCACAACAACUCCAGUGACCACACAAACCAGCAACGGCACAACAACUGCAACUGCAGUAACUCCAGAAAGCUCUACAGCCUCUCUAACUACAGCUACACUAACAAACUCUACUAACACCUCUCCUGAGACUGCGUCCACCACAACACCCUCAUCCUCCACUGUCACCACAAACACAACCCUCACAGCUGGACCCCCACCCUCUUCACCUACCUCAAUCUCCACCUCCAGCUCCCUCCCUACAAAUACCUCCCCAGGCAGUAGCACCGAACCCCCCACUGGAAAUACCACCACCCUUAGUCCCUCAACAACAUCCUCAGGAGUAACCGGCCUCACCACUUUGACUAAUCCAACUGAACCAGCUAGUGGCAGUACAACAGCCUCAUCCACCACCGUCCCAACCUCCACUAUAACCACCAACGGUACUGGUACCACCAUCACUGAAACCACUCUGCGACCAACAGACAGCACUACCAAAAAUUCAACCUCUACUCCAAUCGCCACCACCAUCACUACUGGUACCACUGUUACUGGCACCACUCUGCGACCAACAGACGUCACCACCAAAAAUUCUACCACGACUGUAACCCCCACUACCACCAUCACUACUGGUACCACCAUUACUACUGGUACCACAAUCACUGGUACCACCCUACGACCAACAGACGUGACCACCAAAAAUUCUACCACGACUACAACCCCCACUACCACCAUCACUACUGGUACCACCAUCACUACUGGCACCACCAUCACUGGUACCACCCUGAGACCAACAGAUGUCACCACCACCAACUCCACCACAACAGCCCCACCCAUCCCUCCAGUCUUAGUAUGCCCUAACAUCCCAUGCCCACUUGAAAGCGUCUGUCUUAAUGGUACUUGCCAGUGUAUCUCUGGUAGCUUCCUGGUGAAUGGCCGCUGUGAACCCGCCCAAGUGUUCCCCGGCCAGCUUCAUAUCACCUCCUUGACAUUUCAAAAUCAAAUGAGCAACAGGUCCUCAGCAAUAUUCCAGGAGACGGCGGCUCAGAUCUCAGCAGUGCUGAGAGAAGCCCUCAAAAAUCAGCCGGGGUAUAGACGGUCUGAUGUUGUGCGACUUGAACCAGGAAGUGUCCAAGCAACUGUAAAUAACAUCUUUGAAAACACCACCGCCACUCAGGAGUCUGUUGAUAAGGCCAUUAAUGGGGCUAUAGCCAGCUCAGGAAAUGAUUUUUUGACUGGUGCUACAUUUACAGGUACAAACCUGUGUACACAGGAGCCAUUUCCCUGUGAUGUCUCCACUACAAAGUGCACAUUUACCAGAGGCCGGAGUUUGUGUACCUGCCUUGAGGGCUACAUCUCCAUCCUGUACUCAAACACCAGCUGCAAAGCAUGUCCAAGUGGACAGAAGGCAGUUGGAGACUCAUGUGAACCAUGUGCAUUUGGAUAUGCUGGCUUCAACUGCAAUGACUCGGCUCUGCUGGCAGUGGUGGUCAUCUCCUGUGUACUGGGAGGAAUUCUUCUCAUCACUGUCCUGGCUUUGCUAAUAUACUGCUGCUGGAGGGGAUGCCCAAGAAGCAAGACAAACUACAGCAGAAGUCCAUACUCACCAGGUGACAUAAACCAGUCCUGGCCCACUGGCAUCACCCCCAUCCCCCGUGCCUCCACUAACUAUGAUGCAGCCACUCCCAUAGAGAUGACAGAAGGGGGCAACACUCAUGUCCUGGUGGACAAAAAGCAUCAAACCAACGGAUCGUCGGGAUCAUAUGAUCUCAACCCAGAAGGAAUGAACACCUUCAAAGGUAAAAAUCCAUCCCGUUACUCCUAUCUGGUCCAAGGCCAUGAGAACCCCUACUUCUUACCAGGGGACGAGAAGAAAAACUGAUGAAAUCCAUGUAGAAAGAGGAGCAUGGUAUCAAAAAGAAGCCACUGAUUUGAAACUCUGGUUCUACAGGCACAUUUCCUGAGAAUGACUGGGUUAUUUAUACAUUUUUUGACUCGCUUGGAUUAAUGACAAAUCACAAAGGACAUUUUUUUAAACUGGGAAACAGCCACCAAAGACAUUCAUUCAUACGAGCAAGAACAUUUGAGCAUUUUUUUAAAGUGAGGUUGUGUCUGUAAAUGUUGCUGAUCAUAAACAGUAGAUGUCUCUGUUGCUCAGUGUAAUUCUCAUAUUGUUUUACAGGAUACUUUUGACUUUUUUUAAAAAAUGCUUUUAAGAAAUCAUUCUGUAGUCUUUAAAUGAAGCGUCUUAUAUUGCAAAUUGCACUAAAGUGUGUGUUAAGUUUACCACCAGUUUUCCGCUGAAAUCAAAGGUAAACUGAAUGUGGGCUUUCAGGGGCUAAUAGAUAUUUUUCUUACAAUUAUUUUAUAGAAAAUUAAAUCGUGUACGACUAAAGGGGCUGGAUCCCUG